CAACCUAUUUUGCGCCGACGCUCGAGAGACGGGGGCGUCCAUGUGUCGGCGAUGGAGAUGGACGCCAGGCUGGAAGCGUUCCUCGAAGAAGAUGAGAUUAUACUUAUCCCAGUGCAAAUUCGAAGCAAGCUCCUGCAGUCAUUCCAAACAUUCAACGAUUCUGUGAAGUCGUUGAAAAGCGAAUAUGACGAUUUCAAAGUGCUCAAAGAGCAAGAUGAGUUUGAGCUGGGUCAGCAGCUCCAGCAGAGCCAGCAGGAGCUGCAGGAGCAGUCAACACUGCUGGAGCAGCAGCGGGAAGCAGCCUCGCAGUGCCAGCAGCAGCUGGCAGCACUCACUGAGACCUACCGCAAGACUGAUGUGAAGCUCACCAGCGUGUCGGCGGCCGAACUGGAGGUGCGCCGCGAGCGGGACGUGCUGCGCUCGGAGAAGGCGGAGCUGGCGCAGCAGCUGGAGCGGCGCGCCGCGGAGGCCGGCCGGCUGACGGCCGAGCUGGCGCGCCUCACCGAGCAGCUAGCCGCCGCCAACGCCGCCAAGUGCGCCGCCCUCGUCCAGGCGGAGGAGACGGCCGCCAAGGAGAUCAGCCUGCAGUUCAGGGAGCGGCGCAUGGAGCAGGAGAAGGCGCUGCUGGAGAAGCAGCAGGAGCUGCUCACCGGCCACCUGGAGUCGCGCACCGAGGAGCUGGCCAACGUGCGGCGCCACAACAGCGCCCAGAUCCUGGAGCUGCAGAGCGAGCUGGCGCAGAAGAUCGACCAGCUGGACGCGGAGCGCGCCGAGAAGGAGAGCCUGGCGAAGCAGACGGCCGAGCUGGAGCGGAGGCUGACCGAGCAGGCCGACCGGCUCCGCCAGCAGCGCGACGCCGAGGUCGAACAGGAGCAGAACUACCGGCAGCAGCUGCGCUCUCAGGAGCGGCUCGUGCAGCUCUACAAGGAGGGAGCUGAGGAGGCGGAGACCAAGUGCUCGGAGACGCUGCGCUCCGUGGAUGAGCUGCGCCGCCUGCUGGACGCGGCCAGCGAGGCGCAGCGUGCGCUGGAGCAGCGGCUCGAGGCGGAGGCGGCGAGCCACCGCGACGAGCUGGCCGAGCGCGACGAGCUCGCGCGCACGCUGCGCACGCAGGUGGAGACAUGCGAGGAGCAGCUGAAGCACAUCACCAAGCGCGGCGGCCUGACCGACGCGGCCGUGGAGGAGAUGUCGCCGUCGGCGGCCGCCGUCAGCCGGCUGCUGCGCCAGGGCAUGACGCUGACGCAGAUCUUCACCGAGUUCUGCCAGGCCAAGGACGGGCUGGCGGCGGCGCAGGCCGAGAGCCGCCAGCUCAAGGUCUACCUCGACCAGAUCCUCAAGGACAUCGAGGAGCGCACGCCCGCCAUACAGCGCCAGAAGGAGGACUACGAGGCGGCGGUGCAGACGAUCGAGGCGCUGACGGAUAGCAACGACGAGGCUCUGCGAGAGCUGGGCACGGCGCGCUCGCAGGCUGACGACGCCAUGCGGCAGCUGCGCACCGCGCAGCGCGAGCGUGCGCGACUGGCGGCGCAGUGCGACGACCUGUCCACGCAGGUGCGCGUCCUCCUCAAGGAGGUGGAGGAAGCGCGUGGCGGCUUCGUGACCACGCGCCGCGAUCAGGCGGAGGCCGAGCUGGACGCGGACUCGUCCAGCGCCCGACAGCUGAUCUCGCAGCGACUCGUCACUUUCCGCGACCUGGAGGAGCUGCAGGCGCGCAACCAGGAGCUGCUGGCCGUGGUGCGGGAGCUGAGCGAGCGCGAGGAGGCGGACGACGGCGCUGACGUCACCCGCUCGGAGACGCACGUCCGGCUGCAGGCGGAGCUGUCGGCGGCCCAGGAGGAGCUCGAGGAGCUGCGAGUCUCCCGUAUGCGGCAGGAGACCAUGGUGGAGAGCAUCGUCCGACAGCGAGACAUGUACCGCUCUCUGCUGCAUCAGCAGACGCACCAGCAGGAGUGUCUGGACGGCGGCGACCGGCGGACGGCGGCGACCAAAACGCCCAGCCCGAUCAAGAGUCCCACCGUGCAACCGCUCACCCCCGGGGAGGACGCCAAGAAGCUGCAGCUGCUGGAGAAGACGCUGGACGAGCUGCGCGAGGAGUACGCCUUCUACAAGCGCGAGCAGGCCGAGAACGUCAAAAUGCUGAACGAACAGCUGCAGAAGCAGGGAGACCAGCUAGCGGAAAACAGGGUGCUGAACGCCAAGCUGUCGACGCGGCUCGAGUACAACGACGAGCGGUUCGCCAUCUGCCAGAGCAACGCCGACCAGUACCGCCGCCAGGUGGCCGCGCUCGAGGACAAGUACAAGCGCGCCGCCGCCACCUCCGAGAAGUACGAGCAGUCGAUCGCCGCGCUGCGCCAGAACGCCAGCAGCGUGCAGGAGCGUCUCUCCCGAGCGGAGGUGCGCUGCGAGCACCUGCAGCAGGAGUGCACCGUCCUGCGCGAGUCGGAGGCGCGCCUGCUGGCCGAGCGCGAGGUGGCCCAGCGCGAGCGUAGCCAGGCCGCGCUGCUGAUGGCCAACAUGGAGGCCAUCAAAAGCAGCCUGGAUCGCGCCCAGACCAGCGCCGGCGCACACCUGGAGAACCAGAACGACGCCCUGAAGCGGGAGGUGACGGCGCUGACCCGUAAGCUGGAGCAGGACGGCGAGACGCACCGCCAGGCCAUCCGGCUCUGGGAGGCCGAGGUGGCCAAGCUUCGCGGCAAGCUCGAGGAGGAGGCGGCCGUGGUGCGGAAGGGCCGCGAGGCUCAGGUGGCCGCCGAGGCUCUGCAGGAGAGCCAGGCCAUGAUGGCCGAGCUGCAGAGCGUGGUCGAGACGCUCUCCUCCAAGAACCAGGCGCUGGAGACGCAGCUGCGCGACGACGCCGGCUCGGGCGAGCAGCUGCGCCAGGAGCUGGCUGAGGCGCGGAGCCGCCUGGAGACGGCGCAGACGCUGGAGCGCGAGGCGCGCGAGAACGCCCAGCGGGAGGCGAGCACGCGGGCUGAGGCCCAGGACCGCUACCAGCACGAGGUGAUCCUGCACGCGGCUGAUCUGGAGGCGCUCAAGCGGAGCCGAGAGCAGCUGGAAGAGGCGACGGGCCGGCUGGGCGCCCAGCUGCAGACCAGCCAACAGCGGCUGGACCAGGAGCGGCAGACUUCGCAGGCCACCGUGGACUCGUCGGCACAGCUGGCCGAGCUGCUCCGCAAGGUAGAGACGCUCAACGCACUCACGGACAGCAAUCGGGUACUUCGCGAGGAGCGUGACGACCUCUCUCGGCGGCGCCAGGAACUGGAAGCUCAGCUGGAGACCACCAGGGCUGAGAUCGAACCGCUGCAGGAGAAGAACCGUGACCUGCAAAGCCGCGUGGACGUGCUGGAGAGCGAGGUGACGGCGCUGAAGGGCGAGGUGACGCGCUGGCGGCAGCGCACCAACCAGCUGACGGAGCGCGCCAACAAGGCCAACCCCGAGGAGAUGAAGCGGCUGCAGCAGGACAAGGAGACGCUGACCAAGCGCUCGGAGGAGCAGCAGCAGCAGCUGGCCAAGCUGCAGAGCGAGCUGACGCGGGUGCGCGCCGGCGCCCAGGGCGCGGCCGACCAGCGCGAGCAGCUCACCAACCGGCUGCGACAGCUGGUCGGCGAGCAGACGCAGCUCAAGGUGAGUCUGACCUUCUUGGCCAUCCGGCCGUGA